AUGUUAGAGGAGAGUGUGAUGGUGAAUUUCAAGUGUGUAUUAAGUCCAUCAGAGAUGAGUGAUUAUUACAACUGUGACUUUGAGAAGUUACAGUACAAAGUAAUUCUCACGGAAUGGUACAAUAAUAUUCUACAAAAUUCAUCAACUCUAACAACAAAAGAAAAUCAACUCACACUCAAAUCAUUAACUGAAGGAUGGAAAUAUAUGAUAACAGUACAUUUACAAGGGAAUGAUAAGAAAUUAUCAGCACAAUCAGAAUUCAUAUAUAAACGAAAUUCCAAUAAAAAUAACAACCAACAAGAUAAAUUAAGGGAAUCUAAUCAAUUUAGGGAUUCAAUAGAAUCAUCUGAAUUAAAAGAAUCUACAGAAUCAAAGGAAUCAACUGGAUUAAAGGAAUCGGCUCAAUUAAGAGAAUUAGGAGAAAAAUUGGAAAAUGUAAGAAUAUGUGAGAAGGAAUAUAGAUUAAAUAUUGGAAUGGAUGAGAAUGAGUUUGUAACGUGUAAAUUUAAUGAAAAUGACUCAGUUGAAGAUGUUGUAAAUGUUUUCAUGGCGAAAAAUAAAUUAAAAUCCUUUUUAAAAGAUUCUUUAAUUCAAGAAAUAUAUAAUCUAAAAUCCUCAAAUGAUUCCAUCAAAACUAUUGAUUUAACUGAUUUAAUUUAA